UACCUAUGAUCAUUAUUACAGAUGUCAACAUCUUCACUCCAUUGUUCACACGUCUCUUCUUUCUUCUCCGAAAUUUCUUAUUGUCCACUGAUUCCCCAUGCUCCAUGCUUCUCAUUGCUUCUCUUUUAAACUGCACCUUCAGGUGACUCUUCUGUACUACACAUAUGCUUCCGUGGAGCACCUGCCUCCACAUAUACCACGUCUUUUCCACGCGGUUUCGUAAGCAAUGAAUGAACACCCACUAAUCCACUCCCUCUGACAAAUACGGAGCGCCAAACCUCCUUCCAUUGUUUCUCUCUCUUUCUUCCCUGUAACCUAUUUCCAGGGCAACAUUUUCUUGUUUUAUUCCAUUCAUACUUUUCACUUUAUAUAUUUGGUGAGGAUAAGAUCAAUCGAUUACUCUUUCUGUUUUUUUUUUAAGGAGAGAAUAAGAUCAAUCGAUUACUAGUUUUUUGAUCGAUUCAAAGUGGAGAUCUGAGAUGGAAAAUAUUAUGAAGUUAUCCUGACUGUGAUUUCUUGAUCCCAUAGACUGAUCAGUCUCGUGAAACAUUAGUAAAAUCAUUUAUUCAUUCAAUUCCAUGGCGUCUACUUCUGAGGGAAUCACGCAAUCUGCAGCUAUUUCUUCCUCUGAUCUUGCACCAGAGAAUCAGGAGGUAAGGGGUGCUUUUCAUGAAGUCGCACCAUCUGCAUCGACUUCUGCCUCGAAACCCAUGAAAAGGCCUUCCUACGAUGUCUUCAUAAAUCAUCGUGGACCAGACGUUAAAUCCACCUUAGCUACCGCUCUCUAUGGUAUCCUCACUGGUAUGGCACUCUCAGUGUUUUUGGAUGCACCAGAGUUGGAAUAUGGUGAUUUCUUGCCCCGAACAAUAGAAGCAGCAAUGACCAGCGCUUUGAUCCAUAUAGCUAUUUUUUCCCCGAGGUAUGCAGAAUCACCGUGGUGUUUGGCAGAGCUAUCAUUCAUGCUAAAAUCUGGCACCAGAAUUGUUCCUAUUUUCUACCAGGUAGAUCCUAAUGAUCUAAGAUGGGUAGAGAAAGGGAAAGGAAAAUAUGCCCAGGCCUUUAUGGAGCACGAGCAGAAGGGUAGAUACAGCCUGGAACUUCUUCAGGAAUGGAAGAGGGCACUCCACAUCGUCUCAUGUUACUCUGGCGAAGUCAUAAAUAAUAUCAACGAUGAAUGGAAGCUGCUGAAGAAAAUAACGAGUAUUGUUUCGCAAGAAAUAAACGUGCCAUUUAAGGUUGCAAAACAUCCAGUAGGUCUGGAAGAAAUAGUGAGAGACUUUGAGAUAAAUACACAGCAAUCUGUUGAGAAUAAUCAGGGUGUACAAAUUGUGGGAAUUUGGGGCAUGGCUGGUUCUGGCAAGACCACCCUUGCAAAAGAGUUAUAUAACAGAAGAUCCUUGUCCAUGGAGAGGCGCAGUUUUGUUUUUGAUGUUCGAGAUGGUGCAGCCAAAUUGCAGAAGAAGCAGAUUCAACUUCUCAAUGACCUUGGUGUCAACAUGAACAAUGUAACAUUUGACAAUAUAGAGCAAGGUAACGGAAUUCUAACCAGGCAUCUGAGAUCUGUUAGGCUGUUCAUUGUUUUGGAUGAUGUGGAUAAUGUAGAUCAAUUGGAUGCUCUCUUACCUGUAAAAGACAAACUUGGAGGAGGUAGUUUCAUAAUUGUUACAACACGGAACUAUGAAGUUCUUAUAUCUUGGGGUAUAUCCUCUGUGUAUAAAAUGAGAGCGCUGGAUCCAUUUCAUGCCGAGCAACUUUUUUGUUGGCAUGCUUUCAGACAAAUCUUUCCUCUUAAUGGGUUUGAGGACCUUGUUAAAAAGUUUGUGAAGGCUUGUGAAGGAUUACCCCUGUCUCUCGAGGUAUUUGGAGAACAGGUAAAUGGGAAAUACGGUAAAGAACAUUGGGUAUCUCAGUUGAAUAAGAAUUCAAGAUUAUUACCUGAUGCUAUCAAAGGGAAACUCAAACUAAGUUAUGAUGCCCUUGAUUUUGAAGAGAGAGAGGUGUUCUUAGAUACUACAUGUUUCUUUAUUGGAGAAGACAAAAGUUUGGCAAUUGAAAUAUGGAACAGUUUAGGAUGGAGUGGUUUGUCCUGUUGGGAAAGACUUAUGCACGAGUGUUUGGUUGAUCUCGACAAUAACAAUUGUAUAAAAAUGCAUAACCACUUAAUAAAUUUGGGAAGGGAAAUUGCGAAUGAACGUUCACCCUACCGAAUUUGGUCACACCAACAGAUUACUGAUGUUGAUAAACAAACAGAGAAAAGAAAUAGAAUCCAAGGAAUUAAAGCUGUCCCUGGGAUAGGAGACUGGAGAUCAUAUGGAGAGGAACUCAGGGCUAAUAUAAGCAGAGGAAUAAUGUUGCUUGCACCCUCUUUAGUUGGACUAAAGAUUUUUGUGACUGGAGGAGAUUAUUUUAACCAGGUAAUCAGUGAAGCAUCAAGAGAGCUGCUCUGGCUUCGCUGGUUCGAAAUUGGGCAGAAGAAUUUUCCUGCACAGCUUUCAUUGAAAAAUUUGAGGGUUUUAGAACUCUAUGAAGACUUUCAAGGGGCACAUCACUUAGAAGAGCUCUGGGAGGCUGAUAGCGAUGCUCCUAUGCAGUUGAGAGAGUUGUUUAUAUUUGAAUGCCACAAAUUCCAAGGUCUUCCAAGUUCAAUAGCACAUCUCAGUUAUUUGAAAAAAAUAGUAAUCAAAGGUGGCUACAAGCUUGGGAGUCUGCCAGAAGAAUUUUGCAGUCUUAAAUCAUUGGAGCACCUGCAAUUACAGUCCUGUGGAAUGCUAUCAUCACUACCCAGCAGUUUCGGCGACUUGAGAAAUCUGCUAUAUCUGGAUUUGUCUGAAUGCUGCAAAUUGACGAUGUUGCCAGUUUCUUUUAGGAAGCUGAUGCUCUUGCAAUAUCUAAAUCUAGAGGAAUGUGAACAGCUCAUACUUAUGUCAGAGGACUUUGAAAAGAUCACAAAGCUGGAGCAUCUGAACCUUUCACAGUGCAAGCAAUUGGAAAAGUUGCCUCGUCACAUCACAAAUCAGGCGUUCUUGAGAGAGCUCUAUUUAAAUGGUUUGAAGAGGCUAAGGGAGCUACCAAAUGACAUAGGUCAUCUACGAAAGCUGCGAAAGAUGAGGAUUGAAAGUGACUUGUUGACAAGCUUGCCCAACUCUCUUGGAGAUUUGUGCUCGUUAACUGAUCUUUCCAUUCAGGAUUGUCCCCACCUAGAACAUUUGCCAAACACUAUUGGAAAAUUGUCUGUCUUAACUGAUCUUUCUAUUCAGAAAUGUCUCAGCCUGAAAUUUUUACCGAAUUUUCUUGGAGACUUGCACUCUUUAAUUAAUCUUUCCAUUCAAGAUUGUCCCAAGUUGGAGUGCUUGCCUAACUCUCUUGGAGAUCUAUGUUCUUUGACUGAUUUUUCCAUUAAAAAAUGUUCCAUCAUGGAAUAUUUGCCCAACUCUCUUGGAAGAUUGUCUUCCUUGAUUGAUCUCUCCAUUCAGGAUUGCCCCAACCUGAAAUAUUUACCUAACUUUCUUGGAGAUUUAUCUUCCUUGACUCGUCUUUCCAUUCAGAAUUGUUCUAGCAUGGAAAAUUUGCCAAACUCUCUUGGAAAUUUGUCCUCGUUGACAGAUCUUUCCAUUCAGGAUUGUCCCAACUUUAAAUCUUUGCCAAACUCUCUUGGAGAUUUGUCCUCCUUGACUUGUCUUUCCAUUCAGAAUUGUCCCAGCCUGGAAUAUUUACCAAACUCUCUUGGACGUUUGUCAUCCUUGACUAGUCUUUCUGCUCAGGAUUGCUCCAACCUGAAAUAUUUACCGAACUUUCUUGGAGAUUUAUCUUCCUUGAUUGGUCUUUCCAUUCAGAAUUGUUCUAGCAUGGAAAAUUUGCCAAACUCUCUUGGACAUUUGUCCUCCUUGGCUGAUCUUUCUAUUGGGGAUUGUCCCAACUUUAAAUCUUUGCAAAACUCUCUUGGAGAUUUGCCCUCCUUGACUCGUCUUUCCAUUCAGAAAUGUCCCAGCCUAGAAUAUUUGCCCAACUCUCUUGGAAGAUUGUCCUCCUUGACUGAUCUAUCUAUUCAGGAUUGUUCCAACCUGAAAUUUUUGCCAAAUUCUCUAGGAGAUUUAUCCUUGUUGAUUAGUCUUUCCAUUCAGAAAUGUCCCACCCUAGAACAUUUGCCAAACUCUCUUGGAGAUUUGUCCUCCUUGAUUGAGCUUUCCAUUCUGAAUUGUUCCAACAUAAAAUGUUUGCCAAACACUAUUAGAAAUUUGUCCUCUUUGAGGAGUCUUUCCAUUCAGGAAUGUUCUAACCUGAAAAAUCUACCGAACACUCUUGAAAAUUUGUCCUUCUUAACCGAUCUUUCGAUUCAAGAUUGCCCCAACCUGGAAUCUUUGCCCAGCCCAAGCUGAAAAGUUUACCGUUCUCUGUGGGGCGUUUUAAUCUCUUAUAGCAACUAAAAAUAUCCGGGUGCCCAAUCAGCCAAGUAGAUUUUUUGGGGGCGUCGCUACCUUUUGCAUUGAGCACUGAAGUGGAUGCAGCUAGAUGAAACAUAAGUGUGCAGGAUUUCUAUCUAUGAAGACAAUUAUUCCUGCCUUCAGAGUCCUCUUCACAAUAAUCAUCAUUUAACUGAGAUUGAAGCACUGCCAACGACAGUCAAUUUUAUAAGAUUGACAUCCUAUAAAAUGCUGAAGAAGAUAGGGGUUAUUUGUGAUCUGGAACCUUGAAUGGCAGGAUAUAAUGUCGUGUCCACAGUUGGACGAUCUUCCCAGCUUUGUAUGAUGUACUUCUCUCAGAGCAUUUGGACUUAAGAGGAUCUGGCCAAAUUAAGAAAGCUGAAGGUCUAGAAUAUUGCAAAACAUUGAAAAGCUUGUAGUACAUACCUACUGUGCCCUGUAUGGAAAGUUUGGAGCAAAUGGAGAAAUUGAGGACACUGAAACUCAGAGCCCCCAUGGGAUCAGCUAUCCAACGCUUUGCAUUCAAACAAUACAGUUUGCAGAAAUAGGCAGAUGAAAUGAUAAUAUGUACGGAGACAGUCUUUGAUGCAGCUUACCUGGUAAACUCUUCACUCUGUCACAAUCAUGUAGUUGUCGGAGACUCCUCUACUCAGAAACUUUAUUCCAUACGACAAUUGGUGCGCACAAGGGUUCCUCCAAUGGCGAAGCUAUUAUGCUUUAUUUUAUCAUAAAUUGUGUUUCUUCAACAAAUGAUAUCAUCCUAACUGCUGGAUGAUGGGUUUGCAAUGUCUGAAAUGGAUGGGUAUGGGUAGGUGUCUGCGCACAAUGUUCCAGAUGUUUCAUUGCAGAGGAGUUCUCAAUACACAGAGUUUUCAGAGGAUACUGCAGAGAAGAAAAGGAAGUGGAGAAAGGUUUGGGUGUGACAGGGGAAAAGCACAGACUGGAGAAGGGUUUUGACAGAUUAUUGCCAUUUUUUAGAAAGUUAAGAUGGUUUACGAAGGCUUUUUAUCAGAAAGUCCUUAUUUGUAGGCAGAAAGCAUCCAGAAGCAUAUGGCAUUCAGAAAUCUUGAUGGUUUACUGUUUAUGUGAAAUCUGGUCGCAGGCAGAAGUGUCGGGGUACUAUAUGCUUCGCUCUUCUGCAAUGCCAGGAAAGGAUGAACACUUGAAUUUGAUGGCUAAAAUUCAACUUUUAAAUGGACGGUCUUUUAAUUUAUUUGUUGUAAAAUAAAUUUAAAACUGUGUUAUUUGCAUAUUUAACAACGCAUCGUGUUACAUAAAGCUUGCCAGCUGACAAUUGAUGAAUAUCUCAGACCUCAAGAACAAGACUGAAAUAGUCAUUAUGAUUGCACAUGUCUGAUUUAAAAUAUAAUGGCAGUUGUAGAACUUAGUGACUGAAAAGGGAAAUAAAGCCUUUGUAAAUUCUGAGAUUAA